GUAAAACCGAGGGAAGGUCAGCGCGGCAGAAACACGAAGCUGACCUGAAACUUUUUCACGUCCACGCGCUCAUUCCUCACCUCCUCUCAGAGACUUUGGGAUAAACUCCAGCAAACCGUGACCUCACCUUUCCCGACCCGGGACACCCUGCGUGUGUGUGUUUCGGGACUUUUGUCGCGGAGGUCUGAGCACCCGGCUGGUUCUCCGUCUUACCUGUCCCAUCCACCCGUCCGUGCUGCAUCGUGUCCGGACGGCAGCGUCCCCAGUUUGAUCCUGUUCCAAUUUAUCUGAGCCCAGCUGCGAGCGACCCGUCUGCUAGAUCGAUAUCAUUUGGAUGAAGAUGAGACAACUGAGCGCAUUCAUCCUGUUGACCCUGGCUGUCCUCGCAACAGCCAGACCAAAAAGAGAACCUGCGCAGAAAUGUAAGACUGGUCCGGUGGAUCUAGUCUUCCUCAUCGACAGCUCCCGCAGCGUUAGGCCGCAUGAGUUUGAGACCAUGAGGAAGUUUAUGAUUGACAUCAUUAACACCCUGGAUAUUGGACUAAAUGCCACCAGAGUGGGAGUCGUUCAGUAUUCCAGUCAGGUCCGCACUGAGUUCACUCUGAAGACUCACGCCAGGCUGAGCAACAUAGUGAAAGCCAUCAAUCAGAUCAUCCCCCUCGCUCAGGGUACCAUGACCGGACUCGCCAUCAGAUACAUGAUGAAUGAAGCUUUUACUCCAGAGGCUGGAGACAGGCCAAAGGUUCCAAACGUGGCCGUGAUCGUGACAGACGGACGUCCUCAGGACCGCGUGGCUGAGGUGGCCGCUGAGGCGAGAGAAAAAGGCAUUGAGAUCUAUGCUGUGGGCGUGGCCAGGGCAGAUAUGACAUCACUGAGGGCCAUGGCGUCACCGCCCUUUGAGGACCACGUCUUCCUGGUUGAGUCCUUCGAUCUCAUUCACCAGUUUGGCAUCCAGUUCCAGGAUAAGCUCUGCGGCGUGGAUCUGUGUCUGGAGUCAGACCACGGCUGUGAGCACAUCUGUGAGAGCACUCCUGGAUCCUACCACUGCCUCUGUCUGCCCGGAUACACUGUGAACGAUGACGGGAAGACAUGCGCAGCCAUAGAUCUGUGCGCUGAGAGAAAACAUAACUGUGAACAAAUCUGCGUCAGCUCGCCGGGCUCCUUCACCUGCGACUGCAACAAAGGAUACAAACUGAACAAUGACAAGAGGACCUGCUCAAUGAUCGACUACUGUUCGUUUGGGAACCACAGUUGCGAUCACGAGUGUGUGAGCGUGCUCAAUGGCUAUCGCUGUCGCUGUAACGAGGGAUACAGGCUGCUGGAGGACAGCAAGACCUGCCAGGCCAUUGACCUGUGCGCUGAGGGGAAGCACGACUGUGAACAAAUCUGCAUCAGCGCGCCGGGCGUCUACACCUGCGACUGCAACAAAGGAUACACGCUCAAUGAGGACGAGAAGACCUGCACACCCAUUGACCUGUGUGCGGAGGGAAAGCACGACUGUGAGCAGAUCUGUGUCAGCGCUCCGGGCGUUUUCACCUGUGACUGUAACAAAGGAUUCAAACUCAACAAGGACAAGAAGACCUGCACAAACAUGAACAUGUGUAACACAGUGGAGCACGGCUGUGAGUACCAGUGUGUGAGCACUCCAGGCUCUUAUCACUGCAUCUGCCCAGAGGGACAGCUGCUACAGGACGACGGCAAGAGCUGCGGCACCUGCAAGUCUGCAAACAUCGACCUGGUGCUUCUGAUCGACGGCUCAAAGAGCGUCCGCCCUCAAAACUUUGAGCUUGUCAAAAAGUUUGUUAACCAGGUCGUCGACUCUCUGGACGUGUCUGCUCACGGUACCAGAGUCGGUCUGGUUCAGUACUCGAGCCGGGUCAGGACCGAGUUUCCCCUCAACAUGUACCACACAGCUGAUGAGAUCAAAGCUGCAGUCAUGAAGGUUGAUUACAUGGAGAAAGGUACGAUGACCGGCCUGGCCCUGAAGCACAUGCUGGAAAACAGCUUCUCUGAGGCAGAAGGCGCUCGUCCUCUGAGCCGCAACAUUCCACGAAUCGGGCUGGUUUUCACAGACGGGCGCUCCCAGGAUGACAUCACCGAGUACGCCAAGAAGGCCAAAGAAGCCGGCAUCAACAUGUACGCGGUGGGUGUUGGAAAAGCGGUGGAAGAUGAGCUCCGUGAGAUCGCGUCUGAGCCUGUGGAGAAGCAUUUCUAUUACACCACUGACUUCACCGCCAUCAGCACCAUCGCUGAAAACCUCAAACUCAAUGUCUGCCCAGAGGAGAGUCAGGGCGAGAUUGAGGUGAAGAACCCCUGUGCAUGUGAAAGUCUGGUGGAGUUCCAGCAGGCCACUAUGAACAGCCUGGAGCAGCUCACACAGAAACAUAUCCUUUAA